AUGUUAACUAAAUUUUUUAGGAUAUCAAGAUAGAUAAAGUUUUUAAAAAAAUAUUCAUCUCCUAUAAUCUAAAGCUAGAAAAUAAUACAGAUUGAUUAUUAGAGGCUAAAUAAUAAGCCUAUCUAUCAUUUUUAGAAUGAUGAUUAAAAGUAAUUCUAAUUAAAUAUAUUCAAGAGAAGUGUUAUAAUAAAUAAGAAGAAUUUAUGAAUUAAAGAGCAUAGGAACAUAUGCUGAUGAUUUGUUAGGACGUCUGUAAAAUUAUAUGGAGAUAGCAGGAGAAAUUGAAAAUAUUUUGUAAAUUAAAAAUGAUAAGUUUUGGAUUAUGAAUUAUUCAUAUGAGCUGUGUAGAAUAAAUUUAUACCAAACACUAUAUUAUACUUUUGAAUAUGGAGAUUUCAAGAUAAAUACUAAAAGAACUUAAAUAUUUAUAAAUUGUGACAUCAUUUAGUUAUUAGAAUAAAAUAAAUAAGAUAAAUAAGAUGAAUAAAAUUAUGAUUUAGAAGAAAGAUAAUGCAUUAAACUAAGAAUUAUUAGACUUAAAUCAGCUAGCAUAAUAACAAAAAUUAUGAUCUCAGGUGUUGAAAUUAAUCUUGAGUAGCUACAUUAAUGGAUGAAGUAAAAAAUAAUAAAAUCUAUAUAGCGAUUAUUUAGAUCAAAUUGAUUUGGAGUAUGAAUAUAUAAAAAAGGAAUUUUUAUUUGAUUCUAAUGAUAUUAGUUACUUAUAUGAACUUAGAAUACCUAUAUUUUACUUUUUAGUUGCAAGAAUUUUUAAAUAAAGAAAUUUAGAUGAGGAAUUUGAAAGAUUUAUAAACUUAGGAUUAGAUGAACUUAAUUUAUUUUUAGAAAAUUCAAAAGAAAGCCAUUUAAUAGAUGAAUAUAAAAUCAUAAUAAUAUUUUUAUCAAGGCUUGCAGUAUAAUUAGAGUUUAAUGGUGAUGUAGAUAAAAAAUUACUAUUGAAUAUCUAUAUCUAUUUAUUUAAAUUGCUUUAAAAAGAAUGGGAUAUUACUUCUUCAAAAUAAUACUUAUUGAUUAAAGUGAUGGUAGCACAAUAUUUGUAAUCUUAAGAUCAUUUUGAUAAAACCUAUGAGUUAUUGUUUUAAGCAUAUUAAAAUAAAGAAUUAAUAGAUACUGAUGACUAAUAAUUUUUUUUGUAUUCGAACAUAUAUUAUUGCUAAUAAAAAGGAUAUUUCUAAGAUUUAGAUACAGAUUCUGUUAUUAAGUUAGCAGAUCAACCCUAGAAUGUAAAUCGUAAUUUAUUUUUAAUUUAAUUAUUGGAAGUAUGAUAUAUAUUUAACAAUAAUAAUAGUUUAAUAUGUGUGUUUUUGAUGAUGAAUUAGAAAAGAAAAACUUUGAUAGUCUAUAAGUAAGAUUUUUUAAAAUACUUGAUUUAAUUCGAUAUUAAUUCCUUUUAAUUGAUUAAACUAAAAUUAAGGUUUAUUUAAAUGAAAUAUAUAGGCAAACCUUCCAGUAUUUAAUUGGAUUGAUUUGAUUAUGUAAAAUAAAAUUGUUAAGAACAAUAAUUGGAUUAUUUAGGCAAUUUACGAUUCGCUAAAAUAAUUUGUUUCCAUCUAAUUAUUUUCAGAAACAUAAGAGUUUAAUAAGAAUUUUUAUUUAGCAAUCUUGCCUUACAAAAUUUAAGAAUAGCAACCAAAUUAUUAAAAAAACCGAUUGAAAAAUUUAGAGAAUUUUGUAAAUUAAUUAACUUCUAUUAUUUUUUAGAUACUUAAAUAUCUUUAGAAUUAAAAUAUGCAAAAUAUAGUUGUAAAUAAAUUAAUUCUAUUUAAUUUUUCAAUGAUAGAAGAUUAAUAAUAUGAUGAAUGUUUAAAAGUUAUAGAAUGUUUAAGCACAAUAGUAUUGAAAUAAAAGAAGGAAAAAGAAUUAAGUCAAUUUACUAAAUAAUUACAAAAUUAGAAAAAUUAGAUUUCUAAGUUGAAAAAUAAAAAAUAAUGA